GUACUCCAACCCCAAAUGACUCCCCCUAUAAAGGACAAGCUGUUCUCUCCGCUGGGCCGCACUAAUAACCCACUUCCAAUCUUUAUAAUGACUGAGACUGGCUAUGAGGAUAACACUGCCUUUCUUGGAGAAUGGGGACCUUUCCAACAGAUGGUGUUCUUUCUCUUAUGUUUGAGUAUCAUCCCCAACGGCUUUACAGGUAUGUCUAUUGUGUUCAUCGGUGAUACACCAUCCCACCAUUGCCUCAUACCCGCAAAUGCGAACAUUACUGGCGAAUGGAGAAAUCACAGUAUUCCUUUGGAGGAGGAAAGCGGGACUAUUGUGCUCAGUAAAUGCGCCAGAUACAAACUCGAUGUCAUAAAGAGUUUCUCAGAAAGAGGUUAUGUCCCAGGGAUCGAUGUCAACGUUUCCGAAAUACAACACGAGACCUGUUUGGAUGGCUGGGAAUACGAUCGGGGGACGUACAUCUCAACUAUUGUGUCCGAGUGGGACCUGGUGUGUGCUGAUAAGUGGAAGAACCCAUUGACCUCUUCUGUGUUCUUCUGUGGUGUCCUCACUGGCUCCUUCCUCUCUGGCCAGCUCUCUGACAGGUUUGGGAGGAAAAAUGUUCUCUUUGCCACCAUGGGAGUUCAGACUGUGUUCACAUUUAUCCAGGUCUUCUCUCCAUCCUGGGUUGUAUUCUGUGCCUUAUCCUUUGUUGUCGGGAUGGGGCAAAUCUCAAAUUAUGUGGCUGCAUUUGUGCUAGGAACUGAAAUUUUAUCUCCAUCCAAACGGAUAAUCUACUCCACUCUUGGAGUUUGUAUGUUCUACACCAUUGGCUACACGCUCCUUCCAGCAGUGGCCUUAUUCAUCAGAGACUGGAGGAUGCUGAUGCUAGCCCUCAGCCUCCCAGGCUUCCUCUAUGUCCCUUUUUGGUGGUUCAUCCCAGAGUCCCCCAGAUGGCUGCUCUCUCAGGGAAGAGUGGAGGAGGCUGAGGCCAUACUGAGAGAUGCUGCCAGGAGGAACAGAGUCACAGCACCCGAGGUCAUCUUCCGGCCUGUACAGUUAGAGCCCAAGGCUGGGAAGUUGGUGGCCCACAACAUCUGUGAUCUGGUGAGGUCCAGCAACAUCCGUUGGGUGUCCAUCACGCUGUGGCUGGUCUGGACCAUUCUGUCCAUCGGGUACUUUGCCUUGUCACUGAACACGUCCAACCUGGCGGGGAGCUCCUAUCUGAACUGUUUUCUGUCAGCUGCCAUUGAGGUCCCUGCCUAUACCAUGGCCUGGCUCAUGUUCCGCUGCUGCCCCCGGCGCCUGUGUCUCUUCUCCACUCUGUUUCUGGGUGGGGUGGUGCUGCUCUGCAUAAACCUCAUACCACCAAAUCUGAGCUCCGUGUCCACUGCACUAGAGAUGCUGGGGAAGUUUGGUGUGACUGCAGCUUUUUCCAUCGUGUACGCCUACACGGCUGAGCUCUACCCCACUGUCGUGAGGAACACAGCCAUAGGAGCCUGUUCCAUGGCCUCCAGAGUGGGCAGCAUCUCUGCCCCAUACUUCAUCUAUCUGGGAGGCUGUUCCAAGUCGCUGCCAUACAUUCUAAUGGGGAGUCUUACAGCUCUGUCUGGGUUGCUUAGCCUCCUGCUGCCUGAGAGCCAUCGUAUGCCUCUUCCAGACGCCAUCACUCACAUGCAGACCUUCCCAGGGGACACAACCCAGCUGGUCAAAAAGGCACGGGGCACUGGAGUUAUAAUACAUGAGCUCUACAAUUGUACAGAUGGAAAAAGAGACCAGUGUAUAAACUGAGCCAAACUACAGGAGAGGAAGAUGUGUCCGAUACUUUGUGACAGCUACUGGACACUGCAGUUGUUCUUUCAACAUGGAUUUGUAUUACCACGUUGUGUAACUAACCAAGAUGCUUAUAAAGCUUUUUCUAUGCAUUUUAUAUGUGCGAAGUAUCAGUAUUGAUUAGCAUAUUUUGUACUUACAGUUGAAGUCGAAAGUUUACAUACACCUUAGCCAAAUACAUUUAAACUCAGUUUUUCACAAUUCCUGACUUUUAAUCCUUGUAAAAAUUACCUGUCUUAGGUCAGUUAGGAUCACAAUUUUAUUGUAAGAAUGUGAAAUGUCUGAAUAAUAGUAGAGAGAAUGAUUUAUUUUAGCUUUUAUUUCUUUCAUCACAUUCACAGUGGGUCAGAAGUUUACAUACACUCAGUUAAUAUUUGGUAGCAUUGCCUUUUAAAUUGUUUAACUUGGCUCAAACGUUUCGGGUAGCCUUCCACAAGCUUCCCACAAUAAGUUGGGUGAAUUUUGGCCCAUUCCUCCUGACAGAGCUGGUGUAACUGAGUCAGGUUUGUAGGCCAUCUUGCUCGCACACGCUUUUUCCAGUUAUGCUGUAACGUUCAUCUAUUUCUUCCUCCUCUUCGGAUGAGGAGAGGCAAGAAGGAUCGGACCAAAAUGCAGCGUAGGUGGAAUACAUGAUGAAAUUUAUUUAAACAAGACGACGAACACGAAGAACACUUGAAUAACUACAAAACAAUAAACGAUGUGAACAAACCUGAACUAGAGAACAUAACGCACUAACAGGAACGAACACAUACACAAACGAAAAACGAAACAGUCCCGUGUGGUGCGACAGACACAGACACAGGAACAAUCACCCACAAACAGUGAGAACAGCCUACCUUAAUAUGGUUCUCAAUCAGAGGAAACGUCAAACACCUGUCCCUGCUUGAGAACCAUAUAAGGCUAAUAGAAAAGAACCCAACAUAGAAACACAUAACAUAGAAUGCCCACCCCAACUCACACCCUGACCAUACUAAACAAAUACAAAAACAAAGGAAAACAGGUCAGGAACGUGACAUAUGCCCACCAAUUUUCUAUAGGAUUGAAGUCAUUUGAUUUUCCCAUGAUGUCAAGCAAAGAGGCACUGAGUUUGAAGGUAGGCCUUGAAAUACAUCCACAGGUACACCUCCAAUUGACUCAGAUGAUGUCAAUAAGACUAUCAGAAGCUUCUAAAGCCAUGACAUCAUUUUCUGGAAUUUUCCAAGUUGUUUAAAGGCACAAUCAACUUAGUGUAUGUAAACUUCUGACCCACUGGAAUUGUGAUACAGUGAAUUAUAAAGUGAAAUAAUCUGUCUGUAAACAAUUGUUGGAAAAAUGACUUGUGUCAUGCAGAAGUAGAUGUCCAACCGACUUGCCAAAACUAUAGUUUGUUAACAAGAAAUAUGUGGAGUGGUUGAAAAACAAGUUUAAUGACUCCAAUCUAAGUGUAUGUAAACUUCCGACUUCAACUGUACUUUAUUUGUACUCACUGAUUUUAUAACUGCACAUGUUUUAUUUUUAUAUAGACUCUUGCUAGGAUUUUUACCUCACAGAGCUAGAGGACAACAACGAAUGUCCUAACAAAAUAAUGAAUUCAUAGUAAAAUGCAGAGAUUAGCCCUUUCACAACUUCUCAUAAAAAUAUCAACAUAAACAUUUAUAUAUUAAGGUUGAACCAAAAGAUUACAUGUAAAAAAAAUGAUAUACAAAAUUAUUAUGUGUAAUUAAAUGAAACAAUAAUGUAUGUUGAUGCUAAUAUGAUGUACAAUAUUCCAUUAUGUUUCUAUAUGAUAACAAUAGCAUAAUAUAUUUAAUAUGCCAUUUACUAUUUUUUAACAGUUUCAUUAAUUUUAAUUAACUUAACCAUUAUGACACACCCCUCACUAUUGUCAUUGGUUACACUAAUUGCACUGUUUGUCUACAUAACCUGGUUCAAGUAUUCAUGACAUUACCCUGAGGAAGGCACAGUGAUGCCGAAACGUUGGUAAAUACCCAUUAAAUUGCUGGGAGAUUA